AUGCAGAAAAUGUGGAGAUAUAUGGUUGCUUUGUUGUUGUUCAUAGUAGCUGAUUGUCAUCCUCACAAUGGAUUUAUAGGAACAAGUUUUGAGGUAAUAAUUCACAAUGAAAACCAGACAGAACUUUCAUUUAAAAGAAAAUGGAAUGCUUCUCAAUCAAAUCAACCUCCCUUAAACAUUGAUAAAAGGUUUAUAAUAUUACGCGAUACACCAGGAUUUUAUACGUAUUCGAUCGUUGAACGUUUAAAAGGAUGGCCAAUUUCGUCAAUACAAAACAUCAGGCUUGUGUUUAGGCUUCAAACAAACAUGUUUAAUUACAUGGUUGUUUCUGAUGAGAGGCAACGUGUCAUGCCAACAGACGUGGAUCGAAACAAAGGCCAAGUGCUUGGCUAUAAAGAAGCUGUUCUUCUCACUAAUCCGACUAAUCCAGAUUUAAAAGGAGAGGUGGAUGACAAGUAUUUCUAUUCAAAUGAUGAUAAAGAUGGUAAAGUUUAUGGAUGGAUUAGUACUACUAAUCCUCCAUUAGGAUUUUGGAUGAUUAAUCCAAGUAAUGAAUAUCGUAUUGGAGGACCUCUUAAACAAGAUCUUACUACACAUGUUGGUCCAACUGUACUUACUGUAUUUUGUAGUACACAUUAUGCUGGAGAGGAUUUAGCAAUUAAAUUUCAACAAGGAGAAUCAUGGAAAAAAGUUUUAGGUCCUGUUUUUGUGUAUCUAAAUUCAAAUGCUGCAGCUAAGGCAAAUCCUUCCAUACUUUGGAAUGAUGCAAAGAAAAGAAUGAAUCAAGAAGUUGCAAGUUGGCCUUAUGAAUUUGCACUUUCAAAAGACUACAUCAAAUCUGAUCAAAGAGGAACUGUUAGAGGUCAACUAUUUGUUAAUGACAGGUUUAUCAGUAAACAAAAUGUGGCAGCAUCCAAUGCUUAUAUAGGAUUAGGGCCACCAGGAGAAGCUGGAUCUUGGCAAAGAGAAAAUAAAGGUUAUCAGUUCUGGAUUAAAACCGAUGGUAAAGGAAACUUCAUCAUAGAAAAUGUCAUAUUCGGUACAUAUAACUUGUAUGCAACAGUUCCAGGUUUUAUCGGGGAUUACAAAUACACUUCAAAUAUAAAAGUUACUUCAGGUUCAAAUAUUAAAUUAGGUACUUUGAUUUAUAAACCUCCAAGAAAUGGAGCUACAAUUUGGGAAAUUGGUAUACCAGAUAGAACUGCUGCUGAAUUUUUUAUUCCAAAUCCACCUUCACAAUUCAAAGUUCACAAAUACAAAAAUAAUUCUGAAUCAAAAUUUAGACAAUAUGGUUUGUGGGAACAAUAUGGUGUUUUAUAUCCUAAAAAUGAUCUUGUCUACAAUGUUGGGACUAGCAAUUACUCAAGAGAUUGGUUUUAUGCUCAAGUUACUAGGAAAAUAGGAAAUAAGACAUAUAAAGGUACUUCAUGGAAGAUUAUAUUUAACCUUGCCAAUGUUAAUAUUGCCUCAAAUUACACUCUCCAAUUGGCUCUUGCUGCAGCUCAUGAAGCUGACCUACAUGUUUAUGUCAACGAUGAAAAAAUACAAAAACCUCAUUUUUCGACAGGACAUAUAGGAGGAAGUAAUGCGAUCGCAAGACAUGGAAUUCAUGGAUUAUAUUGGCUUUAUAGCAUUGGAAUACAAGGCAAAUUGCUUGUCAAAGGAACAAACACAAUUUUUCUUGUACAAUCAAGCGGUCUCUCCCCUUUUGAAGGUGUAAUGUAUGAUUAUAUUCGUUUUGAAGGACCUCAUCAAUAA